AUGUCUCGUCCUCUUUCGUCGUUCCCCUCUCCGCCCACCCGUCGUGAAUCCGUAAACAAUCCUCGCUAUUCGAUUAUUCGUACCAACGAUGGACCCACCGCAGAUUCUGGAGGUAAUCGCAAUUCCUCUGUUGCACCUUCGAACGGCCCUGUGAUGCCUUCGUCAACUAGUUCCCCUUUUCCGGUGCCCAGCGAGCAUGUGCUUCGCACCCAUCGUCCCCCCACCCUCAAUCUCACUUCUUCGUCACAAUUUGAGCCCCGACGCAGCGUUGCACCCUCGUUCAACAGCGAAUAUAACACAUCCACACCACCCGACUCGCCCAACGCCUCUACCUUUGUUCCUGAGGCUGAUCUGCGCCGCGAGAAGAUGAAACGGGUGACCCGUAGGCUGGGUGAGGGCGUGCCCAGUCACCUCGUGUUCCCCGCGGAUGCCAGCGGCGAUGUCGACGACGAAGAGAGACCCCUGCUCGUUCAUAAAGCUUCACACUCUAAACAUCACAGGCACUCCCGCCGCGACACUAUGUCAGAUCAUGCUGUGCCUUCGAAAUCUCGAGGCAAGGAACCUAUCCGUGCGUUCAAUGGUCCCAUCCCUUUCGAUGAGAUGUGUGGGCCGUGGCAGAAAUGCUAG